AAGAUUUUUCUGCUGCCGGCGCCCGAGGUGGACAAGGCUUCGACAGCAGUUAUUCACCCGAGCUAUUAGAGUUGGUGGCGCAAGCAAGACAAAACAACCAAGAACUUUCAAAAAACGGCUUCCAGCUCAAGUUCCAGGACGAGUUUCUCUUCGACGAUUCUGUGAACAAUAUUUCCACCAGCAAGACCACGACCCAACUGAAAGCGCUCACCGCCGGAAUGGCAUCUUGUAUCCACUUGCUCCACAGCAUUGUGGAUGGGACUUCCUGUAGAAACGAAACUCUGAAAAGAAAAUCGGAGGCGAGCAGAAGCUACAACCCAAUUUGGAACGUUUCUUUAAGCUCAACCACGGAGAGCAAGCAGAUCCAGACCAACCUCCAGACCUUCUUCACCCGCAUGCUGACAAACCUUGGCACGCAAGAACCGAUGCUGGGACCGCACGCGAGCCACGAAGUGGCAGCUAUGGGUAGUAGUAGCACCGACCGAAAUUUGAAGCCGUUUCCGAUCGCGGGAGCGUUUGUAAAUGUGUUGCUACGCUUCGCGGAGAUACUUGCUACAACGCCAUCACCAGGCACGAACUCCUCUAGUGUAGUUUCUGCGACACGACCAGCAGCAGGAAAGAAAGAGAAAGUAGAUUCGUCUUCUGCCUCCACCGGAACUGUUCUGAUUCAAAUCGCGACACAGUUUCUUUUCAAAAUGUUCACCCUCACCAUCCCCCCCGCCGGGCCGAAUACGGCGACUCUCUGGCCGGAUGAAAAAGAGGAGCUGAAGGAAGCGAGCAGCGGAAGCAGGAAGAUGAACCUGGGAUCAGGUAAUUCUCAGCCGGAUGAGUACGCGAAGAAUUAUUGGCGGAGCGUCCGAAGCAAUUGCUGGGCCUGCAGGAUGUCGACGUUUGCGGUUUUGCACGCGAGUUUGCGGGACAUGGGGCUUGUUCUAGGUGGAACUAUAGAGGAUAACUCGGGUACUACUGGCGGGCGCACGACCACAACGGCUG